GGAGCAAUCAGGACGGUGAGGGGAGAUAGCGGGACUUGAGGUCGGAGGAAUCGUGAGGGGCAGUGGGGAGCCUUUGCAGGUUAGGUCUGGAGAAGCAGCUCGACCUCGCCCCGUUCAGGCCCGCCCCUCUGUGCAACGCUGAGCUCGGGAGGAGCCUGCACCUAGUUUGCCCCUCGGCGGCCACCGUCGACCGGGCCACCGCCCGCUGUGCGCGCCGCCAGACCGGCUCCCGCGCUCUCCACUCCGCCCCGUGCGCCGUGCGUGCCGUGCGUGAGCGUGCGCGGGCUCGUCGGCCGGCGAGAGAGCAGCAAACGGCCGGCGGCGGACGCCGCGCGGUGGGCGGGCGGCGCGGAGGAGGCGGCGGCGGCCAUGGCUGAGGCGUCGCCGCAGCCCGGACGGUACUUUUGCCACUGCUGCUCGGUCGAGAUCGUGCCGCGUCUGCCGGUGAGCCCCGAGCCGGGCGUUGGGCGGCGGGCUCUCUCCUGCGUCCUGCGGCGAGCUGGCCCAGACGAGGAAACUGAGCCCCGGCGGCGGCGGAUUACAUCUGCCCACGAUGUGAGUCUGGUUUCAUCGAGGAGCUUCCGGAAGAAACCAGGUAUGCAGCCCCUUGGUCACAGAGGUCUCGGGCCCAGGUGCAUGCUGGUAGGAUCCAGGCUUCUGGGGAGUACAGAGAACGGUUCCGCUCCCUCCACAGCCCCCACAGACCAAAGCAGGCAGCCAUUUGAGAAUGUGGACCAACACCUCUUCACGCUGCCGCAGGGCUACGGGCAGUUUGCUUUCGGCAUCUUUGACGACAGCUUUGAGAUCCCCACGUUCCCCCCAGGGGCGCUGGCCGACAAUGGCAGGGACCCCGAGAGCCGGCGGGAGAGAGAGCAGCAAUCCCGGCACCGGUAUGGCGCCCGGCAGCCCCGAGCCCGCCUCACUGCAAGGAGGGCCACCGGCCGGCACGAAGGCGUCCCCACGUUGGAAGGAAUCAUCCAGCAGCUGGUCAAUGGCAUCAUCACUCCUGCCACAAUCCCCAACCUGGGCCUGGGCCCCUGGGGUGUCCUGCACUCAAACCCGAUGGACUACGCCUGGGGGGCCAACGGGCUGGAUGCGAUCAUCACGCAGCUCCUCAAUCAGUUUGAAAACACAGGCCCCCCACCCGCAGACAAAGAGAAAAUCCAGGCCCUCCCCACCGUCACUGUCACCGAGGAACACGUAGGCUCUGGGCUGGAGUGCCCUGUGUGCAAAGACGACUACGAGCUGGGUGAGCGUGUGCGGCAGCUGCCUUGCAACCACCUCUUCCAUGACGGCUGCAUUGUGCCCUGGCUGGAGCAGGUGAGCAGCAUGACAGCUGCCCUGUCUGCCGAAAAAGCCUCACAGGACAGAACACGGCCACCAACCCCCCAGUCAUGACCCCCGUGAACUUCUCAUCAUCAUCAUCGUCCUCCUCCUCCAGCUCGCCCAGCAAUGAGAACCCAGCAAGCAACUCCUGAGUCCCCCCACCAGUCCCCAGAGUAAGCACAGGACCCCGGCCAGCACCAGGCCCUGUGGGCAGGGGGACAUGGACAUCCCAGAGCCCAGGAGGUGCCCCCACCUGCCUCAGCUCUCACACCACCAUGGCUCCCAUGGACUCCGGUGCCAGCUGUGCCCCCAGCUGUGGGCAGAGGCUCGGAGGACCCACCCCCUCCAGGCUGUGGAGGAAGCCCGGCCCUCCCCCAGGGAUGUCCCUUGAGGGGCUGGGCACAGAGGGACGCAGGGCAUAUGUCGCCCCCAGGCGUCCCCAACAUCCCCUGUCCCAUUUGUCUCUAACCUCACCCUCUACAUGUUCAACAGUGGAAAGGUUUUUAUAAUUUUAAAUUAUUACUGCUUUGAAAUAAAUGGACGUUAGCUCA